AGCCAACAAAUCUGCAUAUUCCUACCUACGCAUCCAACGCUCCAAAUUAGAUCUCUCACUCACUUCAGCGCACCAUGGCGCUGCACCUCUAUUAAGCUCUAAUACACACACACACCACAUCGGAUCCCAGCCCCUAACAUGGCCUCCAUAGCCCUCUCCGCCACCACUCUCCCCUCCCUACGCCUCCGCUCCCUCUCCCCCAAACCCAAACCACUCCUCCAUUCCCUUCCCACCACUUCCACCACCUUCAAACCCCUCACUCUUAAACCACGCUCUUUCAAUCUCAUCACCUCCAUUUCCAAUGCUCCUUUCAAAUCUAAUCGCGCACAUUCUACCGUCGUAGCCUCCGUCGCUGGUACAGCUUCCAUUACGUCAGCAUCUCCGCCACCUCCACCUCCUCAGCCAUGGCAAGGGGCCUCCAUGAAGCCCUUACUCGCCUCCAUAGCCAUCGGCGUCCUCGUCUGGUACUCUCCCGUCCCCGCCGGCGCCUCUCGUAACGCAUGGCAGCUCCUCGCAAUCUUCCUCGGCACCAUCGUCGGGAUCAUCACGCAGCCGCUACCUCUCGGUGCCGUCGCCCUCCUCGGACUCGGCGUCUCCGUCCUUACUAAAACCCUUCCAUUCCCCGCGGCGUUCUCAGGCUUUGGCGACCCGAUCCCGUGGCUCAUCUGCCUCGCCUUCUUCUUCGCCAAGGGAUUCAUCAAGACCGGCCUCGGUAACCGCGUCGCGUACCAGUUCGUCUCACUCUUCGGAAGCUCCUCGCUAGGGUUAGGGUACAGCUUGGUCUUCAGCGAAGCGCUUCUCGCGCCAGCGAUUCCCUCGGUUUCAGCGCGCGCCGGUGGAAUUUUCCUGCCACUUGUGAAGGCUCUCUGCGUUGCAUGCGGAAGCAACGCUGGCGACGGGACGGAGAAUCGCUUGGGGUCGUGGCUCAUGCUGACGUGUUUUCAGACGUCGGUGAUCUCGUCGGCGAUGUUCCUGACGGCGAUGGCGGCGAACCCGCUAUGUGCAACUCUGACUCAGAAUGCGAUUAACAAGACUAUUGGGUGGGUGGAUUGGGCUAAGGCUGGGAUCGUUCCGGGCCUGGUUUCAUUGGUGUUGGUGCCGUUGAUACUGUAUGUUAUCUACCCGCCCGGGAUGAAGAGUAGCCCCGACGCGCCGAAGCUUGCAAGGGAGAGGUUGCAGAAGAUGGGACCUAUGACUUCGCAUGAGAAGAUCAUGACAUUGACACUGCUUCUUACGGUAGGACUUUGGGUCUUUGGAGGGGUUCUUAAUAUUGAUGCUGUCACUGCUGCCAUUCUUGGAUUAUCUGUACUCCUUGUCACUGGGGUCGUAACAUGGAAGGAGUGCUUGGCUGAGGGAGUUGCCUGGGAUACUCUCACAUGGUUUGCUGCCCUCAUUGCCAUGGCUGGAUAUUUGAACAAAUAUGGUCUCAUUUCUUGGUUCAGUCAAACUGUGGUCAAGUUUGUUGGUGGAUUGGGUCUCUCUUGGCAACUAUCUUUUGGAAUCCUUGUCCUCCUCUACUUCUACUCUCACUACUUCUUUGCAAGUGGGGCUGCUCAUAUAGGUGCCAUGUUCACUGCUUUCUUGUCUGUCGCCACUGCUCUGGGAACUCCACCAUUCUUUGGAGCCAUGGUGCUUUCCUUCCUCUCCAACCUCAUGGGCGGCCUUACUCAUUAUGGGAUUGGAUCAGCCCCUGUAUUUUACGGCGCCAACUAUGUUCCACUCGCCAAAUGGUGGGGCUACGGAUUCCUCAUCAGUAUUGUUAACAUUGUAAUCUGGCUUGGACUUGGAGGAGUUUGGUGGAAAGCCAUUGGCUUGUGGUAAAUGGGAGCCUGUUAAAGAGUUUUGCCCACACAUGAUUUUAACUUUUCAAGAUUUUUGCACACAUUCAUGUACCAAUUCUCGUUGUAAUCAGCAGUCGAAGCAUACUGCUAACCUUUUUGCGAUUCUUCAAGAAAUAAUUAUCGGGAGGUUUUGAUGGAGACUUAGGUGGGAAAAAUUACAGCUGGUCAUUUUAGAUCUGGGGUAGAACAUUUUAUAUGAUUUUUGAAAUGUAAGGACAUCCUGCUAUUCAGGAAUCAGGUUAAUAUUAUAGUUGUAUGCCUUGCUGCUUCAA